AUGGCACGUCAUCCUUUCGAACAGCUUUCUGCACAAGAAACUGAAAAGGCACGGGACAUUGUGCUUAAGCUGCACCCGAACACUCACAUUUUCUUCAGAUACAUCUUUCUUGAAGAAGCCCCCAAAUCAGAGAUUAAGAAGUACCUCGAGGCAGAACAUGCUGGCAAGACACCCGAGGCCCUCAACAGAAGGGCUAUGGUAAUGUAUGAUGUGAUCGGGGAUGACAAGAUACCAUACUACAAUGAGUCGGUCGUUGACAUCACAGCCGGUAAGCGCCUUGAUCACAAAGUCGUCGGCAAGGAAUUUCAUGCCUCUCUCACGGUCCCUGAGUUCAGAAGCUUGGUGGAAGCUGUCGAGAAGUCACAGAUGUUCAAAGAGUGCCUUGAAGAGUACAAGCUUCCAGAAGGAUUUGAGCUGGUCGUUGAGCCAUGGCCAUACGGCGGUCUGCUACCUGGCGAGGACAACAAAAGGUACUUUCAAGGUCUGUGUUUUGCUCAGGACACAAGAUCGAAGAACCCGGACUCAAACUUUUACUCAUUCCCGCUACCUUUCAUCCCUGUCAUGGACGCAACUACACAAGAGAUUAUUCGAGUGGACAGAUUAGCUACAGGUGGCAAAGACGACCCUAUGGAACCUACCAAGCACAAUCCUCGACCUGUCGACCACUGUACGACGUCAGAGUACGUGCCGGAGCUUCUGCCAAAUGGGCCUCGAAAAGACUUGAAGCCACUUAACGUUACACAGCCAGAAGGCCCAUCAUUCACAGUCACAGAUAAUUCUCUGGUGGAAUGGCAAGGGUGGAGAUUUCGUGUCUCGUUCAACCCACGCGAAGGAGCUGUUCUUCACGAUCUGCACUUCAAAGGUCGAUCAGUUAUGUAUCGGUUGUCCUUUUCCGAGAUGACGGUACCAUACUCUGAUGCUCGAUAUCCGUUCGCGCGAAAGCAAGCGUUUGACUUCGGUGAUGGAGGUGCAGGAACGUGCGCAAACAACUUAAGUUUGGGCUGCGAUUGCUUAGGAGUGAUCAAGUAUUUUGACAGUGUCGUCACAGACACAGAAGGCAAACCGGAAGCGGCACCGAAUGUCGUAUGCCUGCACGAACAAGACAACGGUAUCGCCUGGAAACACACGAAUUGGCGAACAGGUCGAGCAGUCGUUGCACGAAACCGUGAGCUAGUCGUGCAAUUUAUCAUUACUCUCGCGAACUACGAGUACAUCUUUGCCUACAAGCUUGAUACGAUGGGUGGUAUCAACAUCGAGACUCGAGCUACGGGUAUUGUAUCCGUUGUCAACAUUGAUCCCGGCAAGCAGUCGGACUAUGGCAACGUCGUGUCUGAAGGCGCUCUAGCUCAAAACCACCAGCAUAUCUUCUGUAUACGCAUAGAUCCUGCGGUCGACGGUCACAAAAAUACUGCUGUGAUCGAAGAAUCUCUCCCUGUCAAGAUGAAUGAAAAGACAAAUCCACGAGGCAACUACUACGAGAUUGUCAAGACGCCAAUCAAAUCGCCUCGUUGGCUCGAUGCAGACAUUACCAAGAACCGUGUCAUCAAAAUCACAAAUCCUAGCAGUAUCAAUCCGAUAAGUGGUCGACCAGUCUCGUACAAAUUCGCGCCCAUGGCCACCCAGCUCCUCCUAGCUGAUCAGGAUUCAGUCCAAGCUCAACGGGCUCUCUUCGCACAGCACCAUGUCUGGGUCACAAAGCACAUGGAUGGAGAGCUCUAUGCCGCAGGCCGCUAUACCCUACAAUCAACGCGGGAGCAAGGUGGAGUUGCAGAUAUGGUCGCUCGCAAGGAGGACACAGAAAACGAGGAUAUAGUGGUAUGGGCCACGUUUGGCCUGACACACAACCCUCGCGUAGAAGACUGGCCAGUCAUGCCAGUUGAGAUUCACGAACUGAAAUUGCGGCCUGCUGACUUCUUUACUGAAAAUCCAGGCAUCGAUCUGCCAACUAACAGAAACGAGGCAAGUAGGUUGGCCAAUGGUGAUAGCUGUUGUGAUACGAAUGGCACGAACGGCACGAAUGGGACGAACGGACAGGCGCGAAAUUUCAUGGGUUGA